CUCCCUCAGCAGACUCAGUUGUCACGUCUCUGAUCAUUACGAUGCCCGGAACUAAACAAUUUUGCCCCCACUAAAAACCACCGGCCCCCAAUUUCAAUUUUCAUGAAUCAAACCAUUCCUACCAGUAUUAUAUAAAGAAGGCCUAAAUAUGGUUUGAGGGGAUUCAGAAAUCAAAAGCCCUUCAUCAAUCUUCAAGCAGUUAGCCGGAGAAUGAAGAUGGUGACGGCGGCGGGGGCAGAGGAGAAGAAGAAAUCACAAGGCGAAUUACAAGCAGUGUGGUUUGCAGCUGGAACAGCUGCAUUCAUGGCUUGUUUAGAAAGGGCUAUUUUAGUAUCAUUCAUAGAGCAAUGGAGGGUUGUGGUUUUCCUUGCUCUGAAUUUACUACUUUUGGGUAUUCUCUUCACUUCUCCUCCAUCUUCUCCUCCUCCCACCUCAACAGAGGAUUUAGAAUUCGAUGUAAUAGAACCACCCACUGAUAAUCAUCCAGAUUGUCAGGAGAAAAGGGUUGAUUUGAUUGAGAAUGAGGAGAUGAUAAAGAAGAUGAAACAAUUUUGUAGCAGAAAAGAUGAACAGCCGGAAGAAGUUGAGAUUGGAGUUGACAAUGGCAGCCAUUGUGCCCGUCCGAAAGGAGUUGUAGUGAAGAGCAGAGUUAAUCGGAAAAGGGAAAUUAGUCAUCGGAAUGUGGUCAGGGUUUCAGAUUCCAAAGCUCAUGAGCUUUCCAAGGAGGAAUUCAAUCAGAAAGUGGAGGCGUUCAUUGCGACUUUCAGGCAACAUUUGGUUUCUGAUGCAAUGGGUACCAAAAGCUGCCGGCUUCAUUCCUCGCCGGCCGGGAACUUUAAUCGUCAGUAUCCCGGAAUUGCUAUGCGUUUCUGAACAAAAAAAUACUUCUUCCCGGUGAAAAAUGGCGGUCAAGCUGUUCUUCCAUAAGGAAUUUUCAAUCGCCAGUUUAGCCAUAUAGAUUGUAGAUCUGAUUAUUUUUUAUCUAAAAAUCCACCGGAAUGUUUUUUGAGAGGAUUUAUUCAUCGCAUUAUAGGAAUUUUAUUAGCAUAUUAUUAAUGUUACUAACGAUUUACUGUAUUGUUUUUUUCGGUAUAUGUUACUUUGCUUGAUUGCCUUCAAGCUCCUGAUUUUGCCUAUUGGACUUUGGAGGAAAUUUU